AUGGUUGGCGGCUUAACGAAUGAAGAGUUAUGGAUUCUAGUCAGACGGUUUGACAAGCAAGUAUUCCAUGUCAAGUCGAUUCCCGAAGCACCGCUGGCAUCUCUUGACCUGAACAUCGCGGACGAGGAAGAGUUCUCGCCCGACAAGCUCCGCGCCCACGUUGAACGCCUGUACAUGACCGUGAUCGUCGGCGCAUUCUCGUUCUGGAAACACAUUGUCCGCAUCCGCUCGUGGCGCGAGUGGAAGCGCACCCUGACCUUUCUCUCAGUCUACACCGCCGCCUGGCUCCUCGACUUUGUCAUCCCCGUUCUCGUCAGCUUCCUCAUUGUUCUCGUGCUAGUCCCCGAAGCCCGAACCUUCUGCUUUCCUCCAGCCCCUGCGUCCCUCAUCGACAGCAAGACCGGCGGCGUCAAGAAGCCCGCGGCGGGCGUUCUCGCGUCCGACGAUUCCAUCACGGGCGCCCCCGAGAAGCACGCUGGAGAGGCGGUGGAACAGGAGGCUCACAGCUUCGUGAAUAGCAUUUCCUCGCUCGUCAUUAGCACCGCGGCGGGAAAACAUCCUCAAGGCGAUCCCCACAACGAUACCGCUGUCCCAGACCCAACUAACAUUACUGAAGAUGUCGUCAACGCCAAGGACAAGACCGGUGGUAGUAAUCCAAGCACUCACCACGACAAGACCAAGAAACCGGUCUCCGAAACGGUCUGGACCCAGGCGAGGCCCGUGAUGCACGCCAUUGCGGAUCUUGUUGAUACAUACGAACGAUUUGGAAACGCCCUCAGCCCAACGCCGCCCUUUCCCCAGCAACGGCCCCGUCUCAUCCUGGCCAGCGUGCUCCUGCCACUCCUGCUUGGAUCGCUCUUCACGACGUCUUACAUGGUCCUGAAAGGAACCGGAUUCAUCGUCGGCUUUACCUUCUUCGGCGACCCGAUUAUCCAAAGAGGCCUGGUGUUUAUCAACCGAACGUACCCCCAUUGGAAGAAAUAUGUUGAAUUGCGAAACUCCAUCCUUAAGGGUAUUCCGACCAAUGCCCAACUCACAAUCACGCUUCUGCGUAUUGGAGAGAGGAAUAAAGCGCCAUUGCCCCCGCCGCCUACUUCGACCACGCCCCCGCCUGAUCAACCUCAUGCGACCGCUGGCCAGGGACUAGAGCACCUCGGUGAUGGUCAAGGUGUCGAUCAAGCCGAGAUAGACGAGGCCAUCCAACCUGACGAGGCCGUCCUCGCACCUGCGGUAUCCGAGACAGAUGAGCAUAAACAGAAGAAGGGUCACAGGAUCAUCAACUUCAUCAAGAGCACUGCAAAGGGUGGCAUCAACACUACCCUGGCAGCAGACAAGGUCAAGGCUAAGGCAGGCGCUAAGCAUGCGAAGGACCGCUUGGGUGUGGUGAAGAAGCAGCCCGACCCUGAGAAGGGUCCGAUCAGCUUUCCGGCCCGCUACAAGGGUAAGAGAGGGCAUGCCUUCAUCACGGCCACCGCGACGACUCCGGCAUUGAGUUGGACGACAGAAUCCGACGAUGUCAACCCCGUGUGGUCCAUGGCGAUCGCCGAUAUCGAGGAAAUUCGCAAGGUUGGAGGUCUCGGCUGGAAGUCCAAGAUCUUUGUGGGAUGGGCGACUGAUCGCGAGAUCGCUGAUGGUCUCGUCAUCACCGACACCAUGGGCAAGCAACACCACCUCACCGCAAUUGUAACCCGAGAUGAGUUGUUUAACCGUCUUGUUGCUAUGGGCGCACAAAUGUGGGAGGCAUGCACAUAUCACUCUGGCAACAUGCCCAAGCGCGGAAGUUCAUCACGCGGGCGCGGAGGGAAGGCGGCCGGCGGCGCUGCUAAGCGCAAGCGCGACGCGUCUGAGGCGGAGAACGUGGCCGGUAUCCAGAAACGGAGAACCGACGCCAAGAGUAGAGAAGAAGGCGUACAAUGGGAGAAGCAAUACUACCAGGGCGUCGGCAUUGAAGACCUCGGCGGGAUAGGUUGCGGGUUUUGUGGACUGAUAACGCCAAAGAUCCCGUUCCAGGCGCCCUUCACUGGCGACGGCAACAUCGAAGUUAUGUCCGGGCUUGGAGGGCCAGGAGAUGGGAGUAUUCGACUGUGCGGGCCCCCGGACUAUUGGGACCAUGACAUGGGUGCCAUAUUCAUGGUUCCCCUCCGGCACAUCGAGCAGAUAUUCGUCCUCCCGAGCCUCUCUACACCCGGGGAGGAGGCACAUGAGGUCGUCAUCGUUCCCACUGGGGCUACAGGUGCAUCUUCAAUCAAACGGGAGUAUCCUCAGAUUAUAUCGUUCAAAUGGCCCGACAAGCCAGUCGACGAGGCGUUGAAAAGGAAGAAUUCUAGCAAGACGUACGAAGAGAAUGACACCUAUCUCUCUGUCCUCAAAAGGGUGUUGGACAAGGAACUGGAAUCUUUCGACAAGGCAGUCAUUGACCUGACAGCCGGGCUUGGCGAUGGCUUAGUGAUCGGGAACUCUGUUCUAUCACCACCUACAGAAUCUCACAUGAAGUCCAAGGCCAACGGUCACCUUAAUUUCCUCAACCAAGGCAUUCUCUUCACCUCUGAAACGCAGCGUGUUUACAUGACGUUUCCAUCGUUGGACAGCGUAAUGGUGAUUCGGGCGAAGGGUGAGAAAGACAAAAUUGUCGGCCUCAAUGUCAUCUGCAGGGCCAAGGAACCCUUUUACGAUGACGGAGAGGGCGGAGCAACACUGAUCAACUUCGGACAAAUGGAUCCCUCUCUCUUGGACGACAUCAAAGGCUACUUGAAGAAGCACGAUCUCAAGAUGAUGCUCUGUGAGCAGGCCUUUUACGACUAUGAGAACAAUGUGCCGGCGACUGGGUGGAUGCCUCUGAUGGGCUGA